UCCAAGGAGCCCCAGAGAGCAAGAACACUGAAGAUGGCUCUAUGUGUUUUUUAUGCAGUUUGGGGUUUUUUACUGGAAGUAGCAAUAGCAUUUGGCCCAGUACCGAGGAUCACUUGGGAACACAAAGAGGUCCAGCUCAUACAUUUUCAUGAAUCGGAAGUGUCAAACUAUUCAACCUUGCUGUUAAGUGAAGACAAAGAUGUUCUAUAUGUAGGAGCCAGAGAAGUGAUCUUUGCAUUAAACGCACUGAAUAUUGCUGAAAAGCAGCACGAGUUACACUGGAAGGUCACAGAGGAUAAAAGGACUAAAUGUGCAGUCAAGGGCAAAUCAGAACAGACAGAGUGUCGUAAUUAUGUGCGUGUAUUGCAACAGCUGAAUGAUACUUUUCUCUAUGUGUGUGGAACUAACGCGUUUCAGCCAACAUGUGAUUACCUGAAUUUGAUUUCAUUUGAACUUGGAGGUAAAAAUGAAGAUGGUAAGGGCAGAUGUCCAUUUGAUCCUGCUCAAAGCUACACAUCUGUUAUGGUUGAUGAGGAGCUUUAUUCCGGGACUUCCUACAAUUUUUUGGGAAGUGAACCUAUCAUUUCACGGCAUUCCCAUCAAAGCCCUCUCAGAACAGAGUAUGCGAUACCUUGGCUUAAUGAGCCUAAUUUUGUUUUUGCUGAUGUCAUAAGAGCAGACCAAAACAGCACAGAUGGAGAAGAUGACAAGAUAUACUUCUUUUUCACUGAGGUGCCUGUGGAGUAUGAAUUUCUUGGAAAACUGAUGAUUCCAAGAAUAGCUAGAGUGUGCAAGAGGGACCAAGGAGGAUUAAGGACCUUGCAGAAAAAAUGGACUUCCUUUCUGAAGGCCAGAUUGAUUUGUACCAACCCUGAUAAGAAUUUAGUUUUCAAUAUUAUCAAUGAUGUUUUUAUACUCAAGUCUACAACUUUGAAGGAGCCAGUGAUAUACGGAGUCUUCACACCACAACUGAAUAACGUGGGGCUGUCUGCAGUGUGUGCAUACAAUCUGUCUACUGUAGAAGAGGUUUUCUUGAAAGGAAAAUACAUGCAGAGCGCUACAGUAGAACAGUCUCAUACAAAGUGGGUACGAUACAAUGGGGAAAUUCCUCAUCCUCGACCUGGUGCGUGCAUAAACAAUGAAGCUAGAGCAUCAAACUAUAUGAGUUCUCUGAAUUUGCCAGACAAAACAUUGCAGUUUGUUAAAGAUCAUCCCCUAAUGGAUGACUCAGUGACUCCAAUGGGAGACAGACCUCGACUAGUAAAACGAGAUGUGAAGUACACCCAGAUUGUAGUAGACAGAGUCAGAGCACUCAAUGGCUCCAUAUAUGAUGUUAUGUUCAUCAGUACAGAUCGAGGAGCCCUGCACAAAGCUAUCAGCUAUGAAAAUGGAAUGCAUAUUAUUGAAGAAACACAACUUUUCCCCAAAUUUGAGCCAGUCCAAACUCUCUUGCUUUCAUCUAAAAAAGGCAGAAGAUACCUCUAUGCUGGUUCUAAUUCUGGUGUAGUUCAGUCUCCAGUUGCAUUCUGUGACAAGUACACCACUUGUGUUGACUGUGUUUUAGCAAGGGAUCCUUACUGUGCUUGGAAACCCUAUGAAGCUUCCUGUGUUGAUAUUUUUAAAGAAAAUGAAAUUGAAAGGAGCUGGAUUCAGAACAUAGGUGGAGAUGCAUCAUCUUGUUCUGAUAAAGUAAGCGAGAAUUCCCUACAGCAUACAUUCAAGCAUGGGAGCACAGCAGAACUCAAGUGUUCUCAAAAGUCCAAUCUGGCACAGGUAGUUUGGAAGUUCAGAGAUGAUGUGCUGAGAGUGGAGAGUCCCAAGUACCGUCUGCUGGAAAAGGCACUGCUCAUCUUCAAUUUAUCAGAAGGAGACAGCGGUGUUUACCAGUGUUUGUCAGAAGAAAAAGUGAAGAAUAAGAAAUUUUCUCAAGUGCUGGCUAAGCAUGUCUUGGAACUGAAAAAGAUCCAGCAUACCACGGUGGGCCCCACCGCGGCAGCUGCGCCAACAGAAGCCUCAUCUCCUAUACCUUUCCCUCCUACUGGUACCUCCUUUUUGUCCUGUGUUGGGAGUGACUCAUCUCCUUCACCCACCAGUACCCAGCCUGAUGUUUGGUCUAGCACAGACUCUGUAAAGAUCAUGUUGUUGCCACCUUUCUUAAGUGACCAGGCACAGCAUGUUAGUGUCCGGGGACCCUUUCGCCUCUUCUGCCAAGCCACAGGUCCGGAUGGUUCCUAUUUUGUCUGGAAGAAGAAUGGACAGAAGAUGAAGGCGUGCGUCACUGAGCAAUCUCAUAUGCUGUUUGAUGGCAGAGUGCAUGUCCUGAGUUGGGUGAAAGAUUCAGUAUCAGAAAAUACAGAAUAUAAAUGUUCAUUUGUCUCAGAAGCUGGGAAUACAACAUCAGAAGUGCUCAUCACAGUAGAAGAUAAAGGAAGUAUUACAACUGAACAGAUACCAUCCACUUAUUUCAUCCCCAUGUACAAUUCUCAGAUAGUGCUGGUCAGGAUGGAUGGACCAAAGAAUUCCAUACCUGGAGAAGUGCCAUCAGUGAACAUGACAAGAUGAUGCGAAGCUGGAGAAAAACAUGGGAGAGCUGCAACAAGAAAAACAGCCUCUAAUGCACAAAGGAACAAACAGGCUAGAAGGAGAAAUGCAUGCAAGUUAAGCACAGCCAGCACUCUUAAUAUCACAGCUUUCAAAGACUUACUUUGUAAUGCUGGUAUUAAAAUGGCUAUUCAGGAAGAUCACCUGAAGCUUGAGGUUCAAGAGGGUAUCUUUACUGCACCAAAGAAUAACUAAGUUAUGUGCCAGAAGAGGUGCCACUCUCUCAUGCUGGAACUAUCUUUGGUUUUCUAAAGCCAGUUAUUUCAGGUUAAUGAAGAACAAAAGUGAUCGCAGUAAAAGCUGUGCUGCUGAAACAAUAUAAUAUGAGGUAUGGCUUCUGUUUUGAGUUCAUUAAGCAAGCCAGUUAAUUUUGGGCUUGAGGAUCUUGGCAGAUGAUUUACAGAUUAAUAAUAAGAUGUGGAUCACCUUUAUUUAAAGGCACUUUAACUUGGCUACUUGCUUUCUUUUAACAUGUUUACCCUUAUGCUCUUUUACCAGUCUUUUGAAGAGCAUUCUUUUCAGAUGUCAGCAAGUUAAUUUGUUCUAACACAUUUCUUCUGGUAAUAAAGUUUCUGUACCAAAUAAAGAAGUUCUGACUAAUGCUUGAAAUAUAGAAAUUACAGAGCACCCAAAUUAAAAAUGCUGAAUGAAUACUAAGACUAUUCCUAGUGAACAACUGCAGAAUGAAAAUGUGAGGGCCUACUUAAUCCACAGUGGAACUGUUUUCCUGCACUGCUGUUUGAUGUUCUGUCCUUCUGCAUCUAAUAAAGAAAUGUCUAAGGCAU